AGGAAAACAUGAAGGAAAUGAUUCAGACCUCCGAGACAGUCUACCCACCUGAGUCUGGAAAAAGAAGCCCCAUGGGACUAUUUGAAAAAUUCCAGAUAGCAUCAUCUGAUGAGUGUGCCAGUGACCCUUAUCUUCAUGUAGAACUUGGUCCUCGUGGGGAAUCUCCAUCCAAAAGCAAGAGCGAUGAUCCAAAGGAGAGCAGCAUGUCAUGGGAAAUGCCAAUGGAAGCAGCCGAGCAAGGAAAAACACUGCACUGGGUAGUGAAUUCCAACACAGUCUACCCUUUUAUUCAAAAAGAAGAUUCCCCUUGUAGGCUCUUAGGAUCAUGGAUGGAAGGUUAUGGAGACAUACAGAAGCUAGAGGAACUGGAAGAUCCUUUUGAAGAUGGAGAUGCUUGUCCCUCUGAAAAUGAAGGAACAAGUCAAACAAACGAAGAUUAUAAGAAACAUCUCUCCUCUAUACCAAGUGAUAGUGGCGGAUGUUUGGGACCAUAUGCAUCUGUCAAAAAGAGGGCAAUAGACCAUGUGCAGGUGAUGGCUAGUCAAUCAACAUAUCCAAAGAGGAAGAAAACUAGAAAGACCCAUAUAACAAAGAAAAAUCAUACCCCUGCUCCAGUGGCCACAGGUACCUCGGAAAUUUUUCGAACAUUAGCAGUGCAGGCACUGUGUGAUGUGCUUUUUAAAAGAGUUGAGGAGGUACCAGAAGUUGAUGUAGAGGAGGAAACCUUGUCAAAUGCUGCUAAGAAUAUCGAACAAGAGAUUUUUGAGCUCUUUCAUCGUACUGACGUGAGAUACAAAAACAAAUACAGGAGUAUUCUUUUCAAUCUGAAGGACCCCAAUAAUAAGGUUCUCUUCCGCCGCGUUGUUUUAGGAGAGAUCACUCCACAGCACCUAGCUUCUCUGAGCUCAACAGAAAUGGCUGGAGAUGAGCUAACCAAUUGGAGGAACGAGGAAAAAAAGCAUGUCCUGGAUAUGAUUAAAAAACAAGAGAGAGAGCAUCAGCAAAUUCAGAUCACCAAAUUAACCCACAAGGGUAUCAUAGAAAUUGAUAUGAAUCCAGAUCAAAACUGGAGUUUGGAGGAUCUUAUAGGAUCUAAUAGGUUGUCUGAUGGGCCUGCUCUAGCAAGUGAUAAUAGGAAUAUAGAUACCACUUUACAACACAAGAGUCACCUUCUGGAUCUUGACUGUCUCAUUUGCACUGGGCAAGUGAAUCCUACAGACCAAUUGAAAUUAAGCCAGCAGACAUGUUCACAUCUAAAUACCACAAAAUUGCCGCUAUCUAACUGUCUAGAGGAUGGGAGUGAUUUCCCAAAUUCUGAAAGGGAAGGCCGGAGCAUGCACGAGGAUAUACCAUGCACAUCAGAAAUUACUUCAGAAGACUCAGGCUUAUGGAAAGGCUACAUCCAGAUGUUCUCUAUGAAACAGUUUAAAGUUACAGCCUAUAAAGUCUGUGGAUACAGCACCCACCUUUGUAAGGAAUUGCCAAAGGUUAUCACAUCCAAAGGCUGCAUCUCUCCUGAAUCUGUCUGGGAUUAUGUGGACCUCAUCUGGCCUGGCUGCUCUCAGGACAUGUGCUUGAUCAGGUUCAGCCCAAAGAGUUCACAAGAUGCCAUAGGAUACACUCGUCUUUAUUCAUACUUGAGUCGUAAACUAAAAUAUGGGAUCAUUCGAAGUCACAAGAUGGAAGCAUUUGUGAUUCCUCUGUCAGCUUGCCAGCCAAUCCCUCGCAGACUACAUCCCUUGGGUGGACCAGGUUUGGAAGAUACUCACCCAAUGCUGCUCCUAGCUGUUUUCCUUCCAUGCCAUCCAUCCUGGACAUCUUGUCCUAGAAGGAGCUCCAAAAAGUAUAAAAAAGUGGUGGAUAUUCCUGAUGACAUUUUCACGGAAAUCUUAGCAGAUGUAGAGAGAGAAGAGAAGGAGAUGUUGGGACAGGGUCUCACAUCUCCAUGCACACCCUUUAUUAAACAGGCCUCCCCUGACUUUGCAGGUGGGGGGGAUGAAGUUGAUAUGCAACAGAUUAUGAGUAGUCUGCAGUAUUUGACAAAAUAUUUACAAUUCUUGGGACAAACUCCUGGGAUUGCUGGAGAAUUUGAAGGUGUAAAUAUUAUGCCCAUGGCCCAGCAAUUUAGUUACACACCAGCAACCCCAGCUUUUUCUGCAUGGCCCAUGCACUCCAUGUCAGGGGAACCUAGCCUCUAUGAUAUGUUAUCUCCCGUUGAGGCUCCACAUCCAGUACCUUAUGACUUGGUAAAUCAGUCUGUCAUGCCACAUCUUUUCUCUUAAAUUAGGUAACCCUUGCCCUGUGUUUUGAAAUAACUGUGAUUUUAAGAAUGUGAAAAAAAUGAUUUCAGAAUGUGGACAGCAAAACACACAGUAUUUGAUUUUCUUAUAAUUUAAUAAGUUAAUGUUCUGGGGUUUUAUAUUUUUAUACUAUCUCUGUCCCUACAACUUAAAUUUACCCAUCUGUAUUAUACAACUACCAACCAAGUAUCUGCUUAUAUAUUUUAUGUUCAUUUCCCAACUCAGAUCCACAAGCUUUACAAAACAAAAUGCUUGCAUUUAUACCAUUUUACAUACUUAAUUUAUAUAUAUAUAUAUAUAUUUACAUAUGUAGAAAACUAAAAACAUCUCUUACUUUGGUUUGGGCAGGGAUUAGGUUCAUUGUUGUUGGUAAGGACAAGUGUCGACAAAAAUGGAGAAUGCUACUGUAUUCACAUGCAUGCAUAUAUAUAUAUAUAUAUACACAUAUAUACACAUAUAUUUCUAAA